AUGCCAAAUUGGUUGACCACGCGGUUUUUUACACCGGAUCUUGAAAGACACAUUCUCGAAGAACAUGGCUAUGGUGACGAGUCUGGAGUUCGAAUGAUGAGAACAAUGGAUGAUUUGCAUCUAAUUGACUUUGUCGAGUUACAGUUGUGGCAUCAGGUUUAGCAGAUUAUUUGAAGAGGUUUGUUGUAAUUCAGCCUGGUGACUGGCCAUGCCAAUUUUAUUGCAGACAACUGAUAUAUGAAUCUCUCACCCAGUAUCAGCAAUCAAGUGCAGCAUCUCAACAGGAGCAUCAGUCGUCCUCCAAUACUGUGGAAAAUUGCAACUCCAGAAGUGAUCAAAUCCCUGCCAUGACAUCUCUCAUCCCCACCAUGGGUCCUUUGCACAUUUCCCUAAAUAGUAGAGAAGACAUUUUUCAUACAUUUAGACCGUUCUUCAACCAAGUUUACAAUUACUUGUUCCCAAACAGUAAGCUGACAAAAUCACCCAAACCCUGGAGAAUAAAUCUCAUACUAGAGACAGUGUAUGGUGGUUGGACAUUAAUACGAGAUCAAGUGAUGACCAAAUUUCAAAAUUCGAAGGACACUCAAUAUGGUACACUACUCAAUUUGUUAGAAAACUAUAUCCCACUGGUUUUGACAAUUUAUACAAUCACUUUCAAAAGAAACAAUUUCAAAGAAUACUACAAUUCGAUGAUCCGGGUGUGGGUAAUGUUCCUUUGCCUAAAGCGACGUCAUUACAAUAAAGCCCCCCUUGUGUGGUUGUCAAACACUUCCCACUGGAAAAGCAAGUACAAUGAGCUUUAUGAACAAUUUUCCACAUGGCCCACAAUUUUUGAUGAAUAUCCAGUGGAGAAUACACAUAGCAUCAUCCGAGCCCAAACUCAGCCUUCCGACACUGCUGCUAAACUUCAGGAAAGGGCAAAAGGUAUCUUUCAAUCCAAGACCAAACAAGCUAACUUUCGAUUAAAUUUCACCCCUCCAAAACACUUCAGUUUUUCACAGCAGCAACUUAAGUACCUAAAGGUCCGAUGUGCAGAAUUUUUGACAAACAUUUUCAUUGUUAUAAAUGAUCACAUUGGUUGUGCUUCUAGUUUUAUAAGAAGGAAAACAAAAUAUGUCCGCUUACCACACAUUUUUGGAGAAGCAGAAGUUAAAUACACGGCUCUUCCUCUUGGCUUCAGCGCAAAGCAUGAACCAAACCAAGAUUGCAUAUGUGACCUCCACUCGUGCACCAUUAAUGAUGAUGAUGAAUCAUGGAAAAUAUUUCAAGGGUGUUGGCAUUCAUUCCAUGUUAAAUGUCUCAAUGGCAAUACUUUCUGUCCAAUUUGUCAUGCCUUUCUUCAAAGUAAAGUCGAGGAGCUUGGUAAAGUUGCCAAAGAUGCCAUUUUACAUCCAAAUCCUACCAAGGAGGCCCAGCUCGAUGAUAAUCCUGAUGAUGAACCAGCCAAUAUGGAAACUCUGCCAACUGUUGAUCUACAAAGUAUAGAUGAAACAAUAAACAAACUGAGUGACAAAAUUGCAAAUUUACACCCACCACCAAAGCCUUCUAAUCACCAUCUGCAACAAGAGCAAGCACCAUCAGCUAAUUCUGAUUCCACUCAGCAUAACCGACACAAAAAGCGGCAACCUCUUCAGGAAGUUCAAAAUUUUGUUAACCAUGUUGUGCAGCAGGAACCACCUCAACAAUCACAACAACCACAGCAAAACACAAAUGGAAUAAUUGAAUGGCUGUUCCCCACAAGUAUCUGCCAAACCCAAAUAGGUGGAAGACCAAUUGCAAGUAAUGCUUGCACAAUUAUUGCUUCAAUGUGGUGCCGGAAGUUUCUUUUAAAAACAUUGGCCAUGCCAUCUAACAAAAGUGAUAUCCGAGCUAUGACAAGCAGUUACAAACAAACAAUUUUGAAUGGGAACUUAUUGUAUCAAGGUUUGAAUCUACCUAACAACCAACCAAAUUUGGAAGUUCGAGAUGUGGUCAACAAGAUCAAGGAUCUGAACUUGCAAAUUUUGCACGAUUUGGGAUUCUUCAAUGUGGAUGACAUUAAAGAAACAUUUGUUCAUAUGCUUUCGUUUUGA